AUGAAGACCUCCGUGUCCACCGUGCUCCUCGUCCUCGCCGUGCUGUGCGAGUACCACCUGCGGCCAUCGCUGGCGUCCCCCGCGGCGGCGGCUACCAGCUGGCUGGGUGACUCCGAACAGGACGUCCUGACGCAGCUGCUCUCCGACGACACGGCGGGGGCGUCCGAGGCGGGGGUCCGAGACGCAGUGGUGCCGCCACCACCACCACCACCCGCCGCACGGGUCAUCGUGGUGGGCGAUGCGUCCCUCUGGGGGGCCCUGCGAGCGCUGGAGAGGGGCGCGCUGCCACUGCCACUGCCACUGCACCACCAGCAGUUGCUGUCAGAAGCCCUGGAGAGGAGGGAGGCCCCGGGUGGCCAGGAGCAGCCGCACCCCAACUUCAGCGUGCUGCGCAGGGACGCCAUGAGGUGCAUGGUGGGCCGCGUCUACCGACCAUGCUGGGAGGUGUGA